AUGCCUAGAUUACUUGUGUUCUCAAUUUUCCUUGUCUCAUUUUUCGGUGAGUUCUUUCCCCCAAAUUAAUUUCCAUAAAAGUUCUAAUUUUCAGACACAGUCUAUGGGGAGAUGUCUAUGCAAAUGGUGGCAUUUAAAGCAACUAGAACACCAUGUUGUAUUGAUACUUUGAUGCCAGCUGUUUGUAAAUCUUUGUAUAAUCGAGAUCACGAAAAGUUUACACGGCAAUGUAGAAGUAAUCCAGAUUUCUCAUUUGUUCAAUGCUGUCAUAGUUGUCAUUUUAAUGCUGAUCUUUUCACAGCUUCUAGUAAGUUCAGCAAUCAAUGUCUGAAAUCGGACCAAUUUUCAGAUGCUUUACAAACUUUAAAAUUAAUUUCAGCAAUCCCAGUACCUGCUGAUUUAUAUCAACACGAUGUGGAAGAAAUGUUGUUACGUCCAAACCCAUCAAACUGUUUUGAUAGACACGGAAUCAACUUUUGUGAAGCGUUUGUCACAAAAUCUGGUCUUUGGGGAAGAAGAUCGCUAAGUUGUCAACAUUCAGCAUUCGCAUUCAGAGUUUGCAGAAAAACUUGUGGAUUUUGCUCAGCGUAUGUUUUUCUUUUCUUUUUUUCAAUUGUAUGACAACUUUCCAUUCGAAAACCUUAAUUUCAGCCCCAACAAAACUGCUACAGUUCGAUAUGAUUCAACGCUGGCAAGAACUCCAAAAUCGUGUGAGCGAUUGUUUUAAUAUUUGUGUCUUGCUCUUCUCUCUAAUUUAUUUUAUUUAUUUUUGUUCAUUGGAAAUGAAACUACCUCCUUAUUUUUGUGUAUAUUUGCCGAGCAUGUGAAUGUUGACCUGAGCAUCAGAGGUCAUGUUUGGGUCGGAAGUCAAAGUUUGAAACUAUUGGAGAAAGAAUAUUGAAAUCCUGACUUUUGAAUUAUCUUGUUUUGAAAAAUCAGAAAAAAACAGAAUAUGCAAAUGAAAAACACUUUAGUAGCCAAAUCACUUCUGAAUUUCAAAAAAUAACGAGUAAGAAAUUCCGAGUACAAACAAUUUUGAUGCGCUGAAACAGUGAUAUUUAUCGAAAAAUCUGUCGAAUUCAAGAAAUUCCAUAACUCAAAGAUUGGAAAACUAUAUCCUCAUAGCCUCAAAAAUCCAACAGCUAGAGAAAACGAGGAACAUAACUUCGGAAAAGUCGAAAAAUCUUGGUUAUUUAAUUUUUAAAAUCAAAAUUGAGAUUCUAAACUAUGUGAAAACUACGAAACUCACAAAAACAAUCAGUCAACGUUCCUAACACCCUAACAUAUGUAUUUCCCAAGCAAUCAACUCAAUCUCAAUGACCAAUUCAUGUCACGGUCUACAUAUUAUCAAAUUCCAAAAAUAGCUGGCUUCAAACAGUUUUCGUUGUUUUUUGUCUCCUUCUAUUUGUCUCAAGUACCUUUGAAGGUGUCAAGAAUUGUCGCGAGAAAACUAUUUGGCGGCGAGUUUGCACUUCUAUUUGACUUCUUGUUGUGGUCAUGUAAUACAACAACAAACAUUUGUUUUGUGUUCUUCUCAAACAUUGACGCAAUAUAUCUCGUUUCAGGCAGACCAUAA